AUGCCUGCAGACACUUCCAAACCAAAUGCACUCGCCGCCGCCGCGCGCCGCAGAAACAAUCUCAGGCGCGACACCGAGGACAUCAAGUACGAUAGCAGCCACGCUCGCGAAAUUGAGCUAAAGCGGAGUAGAGGCGAAAUCUCGUGCGCCGAAUGUCGUAGGCUGAAGAUACGUUGUGACAAGACUAUACCAUGCCAGUCAUGUCAGCGCCGUGGGUGUGCUGCAUUGUGUCCUAAUGGUCCCCUCGCGACCGGUCAGGGCACUCGCUUUGUCCUCGCUGCGACGGAGCACCUGCAUCGUCGAAUAGCGAAGAUGAGUGAGCGCAUACAUCAACUCGAAGACGCGCUCGCCAUCCUGCAGGCGAAGAGUUCGAACGAGCCGCACCCAUUGUUGUCUGACGGGUUGUCCAAGAACAAAAAUAUUGACUCGGACGACGACAUGUUGGCUCCGGAGCAGCCGACCGCGGCCUCAGGCGAUGUCGUCUCAGCUUUCGGCAUGCUUUCGAUGUCCGACCAUGGUGUCUCAAGGUUCUUCGGUCCCACAGGCGGAACCGAAGUAUCUUGUCUCCAGUCCGAUAGCGAUGUCCCGUCGUCACCCAGUAACGGUAGCAGGUCCCCAGAAUCUUUGCGGGGGUCGAAGACGCCACCUCUCCCUGGCGAGAUCACACGUUUCUCCAACGCGUUCCCCUUCACUCCCAUGGGUCCACCUCAUCACGUAUACGAGCUGAUUGAGGGUCAUCUCCCCCCGUAUCCCCGUGCCUGUGAGUUGCUCGAGUCGUACGUGAGCCACGCCGCCUGGCUAUUCCGCAGCGUACCACGCACACAGCUCUUCGACGAGAUGCUUCCCCGCUAUUACAGGCAGGCGGCCGACGAUGACGCCCCUCUCCCGAGGAUGGAACAGAGCAAUCCGCACGACCUUGCGCUUCUUCUACUUUGCUUUGCGAUCGGAGCCCUCAUGGACCUCAAACAGCAGCCGUACAACUCCGAAGCAGAGCACUACUGUCAGCUGGCUCAGGCAGCCAUGUGUCUGCACCCGGUACUUGCAAAUCCCACACUUGUCACGAUCCAAGCCCUCCACCUGCAGAGUAUCUACGUGGCUAUGGUGGGCAAUGAGCCUGGUGGCCAGGAUAAUCAGAUGGAGUUUUCGUGGGCUCUGGUCACUCUUGCUGGCCAGCUUUCUCAUACGGUAGGUGUACGGGAUCGUGACAGUGCAAGGUUUGGUUUCUCGCCGGAGAUUGUUGAGCGGCGCAGAGUGACGUUCUGGGAUCUAUUCGUUGCUGACGCGUGGCAGCAGAGUCUCAUGACAGGGCGCCCCCCUGUCAUACAGAGAGAGUAUAUUGACUGCAAGUUCCCCACGCCCACUGCCACACCUGAUGAUGAGGACCUUGGUGAAGAACUCGAGACAUGGGGUUUCCGUUUCGCAUUGAACUGUGUGGCCGAAGUUGCGUCGAAGACGCUCACUGCUGAGGCACCGUCAUACGACACUAUCAUGGAGCUUGAUCGCAAAGUACGCGAGUUCCCAAUACCGCCCGACGCCGCGGCGAUGCUGGAGGAUCUCGACACGCCUCUCGACAGAGAACCCCCACCGCUACAGGACAGCAUGAUUCGCUUCGUCCUCUCCCACUCGCGGGAAGUCAUCCUUUUGUUUCUCCAUCGUAGCUUCUUCGCGCAGGCCAUCAUUGACUGUCCGAGGAAUCCGCUCAGGAGCGCGUACGCGCACUCAUUCCUUGCUGCGUAUCGGUCAUCCUCCACGGUGCUCAAGGUAGUCCGUGAUCAGUUCAAAUUGUAUCCCAGUAUGUGCGCGCGCUUCUGGGUCAUCUGGACGUUCGCCUUCUCCGCUGCGGUCGUGUUCGCUACCGUGGUUACCCGCGGCCCACGCUCGGCAAUGGCCCCGCAGGCCCUUGCACAGCUUGAUCAAGCGUAUGAGCUGUUUACACAAGCGUCGAAGCACAGUCGGCGUGCCGCGAAAGCGCUGCCUAUUCUGUUGCGCCUGCGAGAGAAGGCGCACUGCUCGUUCGCGGCUGCGCUGAACGAUCCCAUGUACGACGGCGCGCUGUGGACCGUCAAGACUGAGAAGGACGAGGACGAGCUGGACAUCUUCGCCGGCCGCACCGCCGUCGUCGCCUCUAAGCGUCCCUCGCCUUCGCCUACUGCUCAUCUCCCGCCAUUGCACACCGGCGAGAGCCUCCCGCUCAUCACUCCCCCUUCCUCAAUUCCGAUUGUGCCGAUGGCAGAUCCAAACGGUGUACCGCUGACGGAGGCGUGGCCUAUGCACAGGCAGACGUCAGCGUCGUCCAGUGGACUUCCGCAUGUGUCCUCCCAGUAUCCUCCCCAGCCGUCGCAACAAGUACACCAAGCUAUGCACGUGCAGUCGCACCCCCACGCGUCACAACAUCCAUAUCAUCGCCUCAGCUUCUCUCAGUCCGCACCACCUCCGCCAUCCCCACAAGCGGGCUCGUCGUCAUAUCAGUGGGCUGGGGGACAUGGACACUCGCACUCGCCGUCGGGCCUAGCGCCCCCGACGCAGAGCUACGGGGACCAGAUACCCCCUACCACGCAUGUGCCACCUCAACACCCGCAUUCACAUUACAGCUCGCAGUACCCGCCAAGCACGGAGAUGUCGGCGGACAUCCUGCAGCGGUACGCCGAGGCUGGGUAUCAGAAUCCCCCUCACCAUGCCCACCAACAGCACGGGCACCCGCACGGCGGGCAGCCAUUCGCGCCGCCGUCGGAGCUGGUGAACCUGGGCUUGGCGUCGCGCCAUGGGAGGCUGGACGAGCGGUGGACGUCGUUCAUGCACGAGAAUGGGUUCCUGUAG